AGUGAGCCUGAAGGAAUGUGUCCCAAGGUGGAAGAUGGAAUGAAAGUCCAGGCAGUUAUCAUUGGAUGGGCAUGCAUGCUCUUGUGCUUGGUUUCGUACACUGCUGCCUUCUCUCACGGUGCAAGUCUUUCUGCCUGUGCUGACAUGACACCCAAACAUAUAAGAGCUCAGCUUCAGAACCCAUGGAACAACUACAUCACUAUCCACACCAAUAUGUCCUCCUACUUUCCAGGUGAUAAGGUUCCAGUGACAGUGAGGAGCACUCGUGAUUUCAUGGGCUUUUUGCUUCAAGCUCGCAGAGUAUCUAAUGAUCAAGUUGCUGGCACUUUUGUUUUCAUUCCUCUGGGUUCCAAACUGCUGACUUGUUUUGAAGAUGGCGAUACUGUAACCCAUUCUGACAAGUCACUGAAGAGAAAUCUGUCAUUUGUGUGGAAGGCACCUGCCCAGCCCAUUGGAGACAUCAAGUUUUUUUUAUCGGUAGUCCAGUCAUAUUUUGUUUACUGGGUAAGGAUAGAAUCUGCUAUUGUGUCCCAGCCAAUCCAAAACAGAACACCUGCAGGUAAUAGCAAGAAGUCCAGCAUUAUAAUACCAACACCAUUGCAGAAACCUACUGUUCUAAAAGAAACAGUUACAGCAAGCAAAGGUUCCACUUCACCCAACAGUGUUACUGAUUUUACUCAGCCUGCAGAAGUUAUGCCUACCAGGCCGACUAGAAUUGCAGUGACACAUAUAUUGGACCCUGUUUCUGGAAGCAGACAAGACCCAGAGCAACUUGAUAAUGGAAAGCAACAAUCUGAGACCUCUGUGGACUCAGUAGCCUUGAGGGUCAGCAGCAGACAUGGAGGAGGACAAGCCAAAAGAAGCAGCUCCUACCAUGAUCAAAGGCUGGAGCCAUCACUUGAGUUUCAAGAGCUGGACGUGGUGAACAUCUUGCGAAGUUUCAUUUUACCAGAUUAUACCUCCAGCCCCAGCACGCAUGAUGGGCUACCAGCCAUCUUAAGCACUUCCACAUCACAGCUGUGUUUGACAUGUAAGGAAGAUAUUCAGGAGGUUGCUGUGAACUCCAGCCAGGAGAUGACAAAGCCUGUGUUGCAUGCUACAGCUUCACUCUCCACCCAGCUUUGGUACACUGACCUGCUUGCAGUUCCAGAGACAGUGUCACAGCACAGAGAUGGGGAAGCUGACUUGGAGGUCUCCAGCAGUUUAGCAUCAGCUUCGAGGCAGCUGGCAGAAAGACAGUCGGUGACACAGAAGGCUUCAGCAAACUUCUUACUGCAGUCAGAACAUGCAGUUUCUGGAGAGCAACAGGAAGAGAACAAAGAGGAUGUUGCUGGGAAUACACUUCCAUGGGUGACCAGACCCAAACCUGAUGCUGCUCCUCCUGGGAAAGGAGGAGAACAUCACAGAAGAGGGACACAAUUCUUAGAAACCGACAAUGCUGCUCUUAACCUCAGUUGUCACUUAAAACUUCAUCCAUUUUGA